CUUCUUUAUUUACUUUUUUAGGAGUUAGGGUUGUUGUUUACCUCGCUGAUCCACUCGAUAGGCUCAUUUCCCUUCGACGAGGAACCGAAAGCAGCCGCCGUAUUCCUUCCAGGUUCCCUGCCUCAGCUGACGGUCCUUGUCCUGGCUCCUGGCUCCGGCUCCUGCCCGACAGGCAAAACUCGAUGAUCGUCCGCCAGUUCACCUGUCGUGGCACAAUAAGCUCUCACCUGUGUGCCCACCUGAGGAAACCACACGAUAGCCGGAACAUGGCCAGACCCAGUUCAGACCUGGCAAAAUUCAGGGAGGUUUUCUCCGAGGCCCAGAAUAUAGCCAUCAUCACCGGAGCAGGAGUGAGUGCGGAGAGCGGAGUCCCCACCUUCAGAGGAGCAGGAGGCUACUGGAGAAAAUGGGAAGCACAGAGACUUGCCACUCCAGAGGCCUUCUCCAGGAAUCCCUCCCGCGUUUGGGAGUUUUACCACCACCGCCGCGAGGUCAUGCUCACGAAAAAUCCCAACCCCGCCCACCUGGUGAUCGCAGAGUGUGAGGAGCGACUCGGCAAACAGGGACGCACGGUCACGGUCAUCACUCAAAAUAUUGACGAGCUCCACCGCCGGGCCGGAACCAAAAACCUCCUGGAAAUCCACGGAAGUCUGUUUAAAACACGCUGCAUGAGCUGCGGUCAUGAAGCAGCCAAUUACAAGAACCCCAUCUGUGCCGCUCUGAAGGGAAAAGGAGAUCGAGACCCAGACACAGAGGACGCAAAUAUCCCUGUUCAGCAGCUGCCCAGGUGUGAGGAGACAGGUUGUCAUGGGCUUCUGAGACCAGCUGUGGUUUGGUUUGGAGAGACUCUGGACUCAGACAUCCUCACCCAGGCAGAGAAAGUGUUGGACAGCUGUGACCUCUGCCUCGUGGUUGGAACUUCAUCCAUUGUCUAUCCAGCCGCCAUGUUCGCUCCGCAGGUGGCAGCCAGAGGAGUCCCCGUGGCCGAAUUCAACAUGGAAGACACACCGGCCACCAUGAGAUUCAAGUUCCACUUCCACGGCCCCUGUGGGACCACGCUGCCCCUUGCGCUCGCUCGCCACGAGAAUGAGGAAGGUUAAAGAAUAAGUUGAGCUGCACACAGACCAGACUGUCUAACACUGGAGGGCUUUGUUUGUACAAAUACUAAAACAAUGGGUUGAAUGUAAUCAGUUCUCAAUGGUGUUGGGAGGGGUUAAUGAAGAAUAAAGCCAACUAAUUAAAAGGUGAAGGGAAAACUGCUGUUACACAGAUACAGGGAAGAGGAAUCUAUGUUCUCAACAGUUAUACACACUAAACUUACAGUUAAACUCAAGCUGGUGCAUUUCUCCACGUGGCUUCUAUCUUGAAUUAUUUAUGUUAAUUAGUUUCGAUUAAGGGAUCAUUGAACCAAACAAAAGCUGCAAUAAUUGGUGGAUUAAUAGAUUAGUUGUCAACUAUUACAUUUUGAAAAUUGACUAAAAGUUUUGAAUCAUUUUAAAGAGAAAAAUGUUUCUCGAAUGUGAAUAUUUUCUGUUUUUCUUGAUUGAUUCAAUCAAGAAAAUAAUCAUAAUGACAAUACUGGUUAGUUGCACGCCUUGUAGCAAAUAUUGCUGUGAUGCCUAAUCAUAUCAUUGCUCUGUGCUGCUGCUGCUGCUAACCUUCUUCUGCAUCGAGUGCAUGGUGAACGUCUGACAGUAGGGGACAGUGUUUAGCUGCUGCUGUCUGUACUGCCCCUCAGACUCCUUCCAGAGGAUCUGUGGGCUCUGCCUGGGAUAUGUGGUGUGUGUGUGUGUGUGUGUGUCAAUUCAGUGUUGUCUGAAUUUAUGGACUGUGAUGAAUACUGUGUAUGAUGCCUUCCAGUAACCGUGAGUAAGCUCCGGUUAAACCAGUGUAACCGGUGACUGUGCAUUCUCUCAGCCUCAGUCGUGAGGAGGCAAAGGGUUUGUCACACGUAUGCUGAGGUUGGGAUGAAAAAUAAAUGUUUAUUCUUAUGAAGUG